GUGAAUUCUGUGUACUGGUAUUGGUGUCAGAUAGCACUGCGUCGUUGGCGGUUUUGGGAGCCGUAUCCUGGUGUGGGAAGCUUCCACUGGUGUUUAUCGAGAAAAAAAAGUGAAAAUCAACGCCGCGAACUAUAAGACUGAAGUUCUGGAAAAAGUAGUCGAGGUAGCAGCCAUACAAGAGCUUCGUUGACCAAAAGCCGGAGCAUGUGAAUUUCGGGCUGUAGGCCCGACCGCGGUUACUUCUUUCAUGUACCACAUCUACUCCGGGGGCGGCGACAGAACGGAACGGGGCGCCGAUUUCGUGCUACUAGAGAACCAAAUUAAACGUGCCAUUAGGUGGAGGCCCAAUCAUGACCGUCUCGCAGUCAAACCGAACAAUUUUCUUAUCUACAACGCCACCCGAUUGCACUAACGACUGAUCUUGCGGCAUGAAUGAGCGUCUGGCGCCACGCUGUCUGGCAGCGUUGUUGGUGAUCGCCUUUACUUUUCCCAUUGCCGCUCAAGCGAUGGCAGACGGCGUCCCACCGACCAGUACGUCAGUGGAAGCGAUAGCAACGACGACGACACAAGGCGCCGACGAUUAUCAAGAGUAUGACGAUUCGGUUACGCUGCCGACUGCAGAUCGCUCGGAGACUUUGGGAAACGGCAGUAGAACAACGCUGCCGCACAGUGCAGUAGAACUUCCGGUGUACAGCAGCGGUGCUUCAAUGGAGGAUCUUACCGUAAGCAACGAGAUACUAAAGAACGAAAACUCGGUUAUCAAGCAAAAAGUUGACCGACUGAGUGGUGUCUUCAAGAAGAAUGUGGAAAAAAUAAAAACCAAACACAAACGGGUGGACAUUGUAUUUCUGAUCGACGCCAGUUCCAGCGUUGGUAGAGCAAACUUUCUUAGUGAAAUUAAGUUUGCCAAGAAGCUUCUGUCCGAUUUUAACGUUAGUUACAAUUAUACACGCGUUGCAGUGGUUACGUUCAGUUCACAGAAGAAAAUCCUUCGGCAUGUUGAUCAAAUUUCGCAAUCCAUUGAGGACAACGAUAAAUGCCUGCUUCUCAAUUAUCAAAUACCAAAGAUCGAAUUUAGCGGGGGCGGAACCUUCACCUACGGGGCACUAAAGGAAGCGGAAAGUAUUUUUAAACUCGCACGAGCGGAUAGUAAGAAAAUCAUUUUUCUCAUUACCGAUGGAUUCUCCAACGGGCGGGAUCCGAUUCCGCUAGCGAAAGCUCUCAAACGCAAUAACGUGUCUAUAUAUUCGAUCGGCAUUCAAAGUGGAAAUCUUGCCGAACUUUAUAAUAUAUCGAGUUCACCAGGAGAAAAUUAUAGUUAUCUACUGGAUAGUUUCAACCAUUUUGAAACUCUCGCCCGUAAAGCUUUGCACAGUGAUUACAAGAGCGGAGAAAAUACAGCAGUUAAUUCCAGCCUGUGCGGUGUGCUAUGUUCUGACGAUUCGAAAUAUCUCAAUACUAAUUACGUCGGUUGUUGUGACAGAAACGCUACUUGCAGCUGUAGUACAAGCUCCGGUCAUUAUUCAUGCGUUUGUCAACCGGGUUACUUCGGGCUUGGCUUACAUGGUUCGUGUAAACCUUGCCCCAACGGUACAUACUGGGAUGACCAAAGCCAAUGUAAAAGUUGUCCGGAUGUAAAUCAUGUCACUCUGACACAUCCUGCAAAAAGCGUGACAGAUUGUGUUUGUAAGAACGGUUACAAAGCGGAUGAAGGUGGGCGUUGCGAAGUCAUUACUUGCCCUGAGCUCACUCCCCCAGAGAAUGGUUACUUCGUGAAACAGCCUCAUGCGUGUGGCCAGGUUUUAAACGCUGCCUGUGGAACAAGAUGCCAGUCAGGUUACCAACUAGUGGGAGACAGUAUACGACUCUGCCAAGAAAACGGCUCCUGGUCUGGAAAUGAUCCUAAAUGUGUUCUGAAAACCUGUCCGGCCCUCAAGAUUCCGUAUUAUGGUAUAGUUGUGUGUAAGAAUACGGAUCUAAAUUUGUUUUUCGAUUAUUCACCGAGAAACAAGUCGUUUAUUGUGAACUACAGCAUGUCAGUUGAUCGAUCAACCGAGCGCAUGCCUAUUGAUACGGACUGUACGAGCAAGUGUGGUCACGGGUUCUACCUUGUUGGAUCAAGUAGUAGAAAUUGUUUGCCGCUCGGCAAGUGGGAUGGUCUAGAAUCUUCUUGCAAACAAAUUCUUUGCCCGCCGCUACCCAAAAUACCAUUCGGUGAAUAUGAUCCCACAGACUGCGCUGAACAGAAGUCAGCGCACGGUUCAAAUUGCACCUUAAUUUGCAACUUCGGUUUCGAGCUGAAGGGCGGGCCAUCCACAAAAUCCUGUGGAGGUAAACGGAACGGUGUUUGGACCCAUAAAAUAAAAACACCACGCUGCGUCGAUGUUACCCCUCCGCAUCUAAUGUGUCCGAAUAACUACACACUUCUAAUGCAUGACGAUUUUAACUAUUCCAUAGUUAAACGACUAAACCGACCCUAUGUUUUCGACAACGGAGGCGACAAUUUUACGCUCUGGUCAAAACCAGCAAUCAAGGAACAGGGUACCAAGCUUUACAAUGGAACACAUUUGUUCACUUACGUUGCGGUUGAUUCGUUCAAAAAUAAAGCAAAAUGUAACUUCACGGUGACAAUUAUCGAUCGAACCGUUCCUGUUUUUGAAAACUGCUACGACCCACCAGUGUUCUACAUCACAUCACAGAAGAAUAAUAACGAAAGCUAUCUGGAGUGGGAUGAACCAACGGUGUACGAUAAUUCAAAUGAAAAUGUAACCGUAACUGCAAGUAUGGCAUUCGGGUACUAUGACGUUGGAAGCUAUCAAGCAAUCUAUCGAGCAGAGGAUAGUUCCAAAAAUGUAGCAGAAUGUCUGCUCAAUAUCACAGUUAAAGAAUUGAAAUGUGGCAAUUUACAUUCCCCUCCGAACGGACAAACGGUCUGUGCAAAGAACGCCUCUCACACAUGGUGCGAAAUAACAUGUGACCUCGAAUACACCUUCCACGAUCGUGAAAAUAAUACCCUAACCUUAUUUUGUGACAAUCGCAACCCAAAGUGGACCAACGAAAGUGUCCCGGAAUGUACGACCCUGGAGAAUCCUACGGCCGUCGAAGAAAUCAUAACCAUCAGCCUGGGAACGGAUUCUGAAACUCUUUGUGAUAACGAGAGCGCAAAAUCUGAAGUCGAAAAUAUGCUGCUAAACAACAUGAAGGAUCAGCUAUGCGGAACGCAAAUCGAUUGUACAAUUACCACUGCUAUACCUGCUUGUGAAAAUGUCGACGAACCGGACGGAAAAUCCAAGUAUCACCUUGUUAAAAGAGAAGCUACUGGUAAUCUCCGGACCAGGCCAAAACGACCACCAGGGAAACGGGAUGAUAAGGCAACGAUCAAAAUAAAUGUUUACACAAAGCUGUCAAAGCGGCUCGGGUUGUGGAAGUACGACGGUAAAAAGUCGGACAAUAUCAAGAAAAUUAAAACCGAGUUACAAAACAUCAACAACAACGAUAAACUUCGAAGGAGACUUGGCGAAUUGAACAUGGAUUUAAGCGUAUUGAAACUGGAUGAAUCGAUUCGUUGCCCCAACGGUAGUGUUGCUAAGAAACUUGUUUGCGCUGAAUGCCCUAGAGGAACCUACCACAAUCACAACAGUAAUAUGUGCACUUCUUGCCCGAUAGGCAGUUACAAUGAAAUUACCGGACAAACUGAUUGUGUUUACUGUCCGCCUAAUCAUUCGACGCGCAAAACAAACAGCAAAAACUUCUCGGAGUGUAAACCACAAUGCCCUCCGGGAACGGUGGCCAAACUGAAAGUAACGAAAAAAGACAAAAGUCAAAAAUACCAUAAAAGUCUUAUGCCGUUCUGCCGUAAAUGCGAGCCCGGCGAAUACCAGGGACUAUUCAACCGAAUUAGUUGUGACCAAUGUCCGCCCGAUCAUAUUUCUCCACGCGGGUCAACUUCCAUAACAGAUUGCGUACCAAAGCGCUCCCAACCCUGCGCAGCGAAGCCUCCCGUAUGCGGUUCACAUGGCCAAUGCAUUCCUGAGCCCGUGAAUGACUAUCUAUAUAGCUGCACUUGCAACGAAGGCUUCGUAGGAUCGCAUUGUGAGAAGCAACUAGACAUUUGCGCUUCUGCACCAUGUUAUAAUGCUGGAACCUGUAUACCGCUGAAUGCAACUUCGUUCCGAUGUGUUUGUUCACUGUCAUUCGACGGUGAAUUCUGCGAAAGAUUCGUUGAUCCUUGUUGGACGGGAUUUUGCCAAAAUGGUGGAAGUUGUAUCGAAAGCAAAGGACGUUCGAUAUGUGAAUGUCCUGCUCCGUUCGAAGGAGAUCGGUGUGAAACUGUUAAAAAUUACUGUUCACCGAAUCCCUGUGAGCAUGGCGGGACUUGUCACAGUGAUGUCGAGGGUUUUAGCUGUUCCUGCUCACCAGGCCGAAUGGGUAAACGAUGUCAUUUGAAACCUUGUGAUUACAUGCCAUGCCCGUCAAAUUCUAUAUGCGUAGAUAUUGGUCAGAUCGACACUGACAAGUAUAGCUAUCAGUGUGUUUGCCCAAAAGGUUUGAGAGGUCAUAACUGUACGGAAGUAGACAAUCCUUGUGAGAAGUAUCCUUGCAAAAAUAAUGGAGUUUGCACACCAGUCAAGCUUCGAGACCCGAACCUAGCAAUUGGUCAACAUGUAAACCUAGACGGCGAUGAACUGUACACAAAAGUAACCUGCGAUUGUCCACCGUAUUUCUACGGUUCUCGCUGUGAGGUUUUUACAACUCCCGAUUUUGUAAUCUCCUUUGAGAAUUCUGGCAUCACUAACUAUGCUAAGCUCGAGGGGCCCAACCGAAAUUUAUCGGAAAUUUCACUAUGCACAUGGAUUCAAACCAAGGAUGACUUCAACUAUGGCGCGGUCAUCUCUUACGCUACAUCCAGAACGGACAACGAGUUCACUUUUACCGACUACAGUGGAUUCGUGCUCUAUAUAGCUGGGCAGUAUGUGGUUACAAACGUCUACAUUAACGACGGUAUGUGGCACUUUAUAUGCCUGGCGUGGACAAACCAAAGGGGACUGUACGAAAUUUUCCUUGAUGGUGAGCUUCAUACGACUGGAUAUGGCCUCAGCAGUGGAAAAUAUAUUGAAGGUAAUGGUUUAUUUGUGAUUGGACAAGAGCAGGAUUUACUAGGUGGUGGUUUCAGUGAUUCUGAAGCGUUUCUUGGUAAGCUAGCCUAUUUGGACGUGUGGAGCAGGGCUCUCAAUGGAUAUGAGGUUAAAGAAUUGUAUUAUAGCUGUGAACCAUACCAGGGAGAUUUGAUAAAGUGGACCGAUUUAAAAUUUAAACUAGUCGGGAAUGUUCGCUUGCAGAAAUCCGAGUUUUGUCGGGUUUGUGAAAAGAAUUUAACGCUUCAGAAUGGGUAUAUUGAAUAUUACGGAAAUCGUGCUUAUCUGCGUUGCGACGAGGGCUACAAACUGCAUGGAUCACCCGAAGUUAACUGUCUGCGUACAUCUCGGUGGAGUGAGACUAGCAGUUUUUGCAAAUUGAUACGCUGUGGCUCAUUAGGUUCCAUACUCAAUGGACGCGUGAUUUUGUCGAAGACCAGUUACAACGGUAUUGCACGAUUUGUUUGUGACGAUGGAUUCUACAUUGCGGGAGCUGAGUCAGCACGCUGUACUCUAAAUAGCACUUGGUCGGCACCUCUUCCGGAGUGUAUUAGUGCGGUGAAAUGCCCAUCACUGGAAACCUCCGAGAAAAUAAUCGUAAUAUACGCUUCCGAACGAGGGGUUCUCAGGCAAAGUUUCACUAGUUAUGCCGUUGGAACGUUAGCGGAAGUAAAAUGUGCCGAUAGUUUUUAUUUGGAUGGAGAAAAUUUACUAACAUGUUUAGAUACUGGCAAUUGGGACUUAGCAAUUCCUCGUUGUAUAGCACGUGGGCCCGAGGAAACAACGACAGAACUCGUUUCGAGACUACCAAAUGAAAAAUCCAAAACACCAAAUAUUAUAAAAAUCAAUCGACGCACGGAUGUUCGUUUUUGGAAACAACUGAAAGAUUAUUUAUUUUACGGUUGCAAACCGGUGGAUUCGAAAAAAAUAUCCCAUUUCUGUCUGCGAACUGAUUCCUUCCCCGAGUUAGACGAUCUAACUACAUUUGAAUUGCCCGUUUCGUCCAGCGAGUAUCAAAACAUGGAUCACAAAUUACUCGAGAAAUUGGAGAAAACUACUAAACCUGAGGGGACCUUGAGAGUCAACAAUUUUUUGAACUUUAUUCUUUACGGUACAACGGAGUCAUCACAGAAUAUAUCGCGCAUGUCGCGGGAUACUGAAAACGCCUAUAGAUUUAUAAUUUGUUUAUUCAUCGAUAUUAUCAUGAUGGACCGAGAAGUUUCCUUAGAUCAGGAGAUUGUCGUUGACAUCAACACUCGAGAAAACACGAAUGAAAAAAUUAAAAGUCUUUUGAAAAACGUUGUUCAACCCAUUUAUGAAAUCCACGUACGCGAGCAAGAAGAAGGCCGACAGCGUGAAGCCGAAAAUCAGAGAAAUGCGCUCAAAAAAAUUCUUGCUUUAGUGGAGGUUGAACCUGUACAAAUCCAAAAAUGUAAGCUGAACUCAAUUCCGGAUCCCCCUAUCGAUAGUAAAAUUAUUGUGAUUGAAAGCAAAACCGUUGAAUUGCGCGCGUCCGAUAUAAAGAUGGAAACACUUCGCAAGCGUGACGAACUGUUAGGUACUGGCGAUCGGAUACGAUACGGUUGCAAUCUAGGAUUUACCAUGAAAGGCUCAGGAUACGUUGAAUGCACACCGGAAGGCCAGUGGAGCUAUUUUGAUAGCUUCUGUGAGGGAGUUCUUUGUCAACAGCCCUCAGUACCAACGGGAAUGAAAAUCGCUGCAAGUUCUGUCGAUUCACAGUAUUACUAUGAUGACGAAAUCGAAUAUCAUUGCCAGAACGGUUACACAAUGCAGGGACACCCGAUUAUCAAAUGUUCCGUAGAUGGAAUGUGGUCCCCCAUCAUGGCAAGAUGCACAAAAAUAUCAUGCGGAAAACCAAAAAUAUCUAGCACAUCGAAGAUUAUUUCUGGAAUUUCUUAUCAGUUUGGCGAGACACUGAGAAUACUUUGUGAAGGCAAACAAUUGAUUGAAAUUACCUGCCUAUCCACUGGUAAAUGGAAUGCUUUUAGUAAUUGUUGAGCCAAAGUUGAAAUAGACCAAAUACUCUCAUUUAGAAUGUUUUUCUCAGUUUUAAGUAGCAUAGAACGGCUUAGACUUGACAUACAGUAACGUCAUUCACAGCAAUAAAUAGUAAUACUCAAGGUGA